ACUUGAGCCAACACCGAAGACCGAGCCCAGCUGAGUCUAGCCUGUCUGGCUGCGCUUACCCACUUCACUCCUCCCCUAAUAAUGUUGGAAGCGUAGAGCGUCGAACAGGAUCCGCGGCGGUGAGAGAGCGGCGGAGCGGACAUCGUCGGGGGUGCUGGCUUCCUCGCUUCUCCAAAUGGCUUUCUCCGCCUCCCUCCGCAGAGUCCUCUGCAGAUCGUCGUCAUCUUCCACUCCUCUCACGUUCGCCCCACUCUCUUCUCCCGUUCGCUUUAACUCGUCUCUGGUCUCUAAGACGAAGCUCUUCGUUAGCGGCCUUUCAAGAUUAACAACAGAUGAAAAGCUAAGAGAGGCCUUCUCUCCCUUUGGUCAACUUCUUGAAGCAAAAGUCAUUACUGAUAGAGCUUCAGGAAGGUCCAAAGGUUUUGGUUUUGUGAGAUAUGCAACGGAAGAGGAAGCCACCAAUGCACGUGAGGGUAUGAAUGCAAAAUUUUUGGAUGGUUGGGUUAUUUUUGUCGAUCCAGCUAAGCCUCGGGAGCCAAGACCACCACCACCUCCAGAGCCCAAUCCUUCUGAAGCAGGUUUCAGGAUAAAUAAAACCAUUGGGUGGUGUGGUUGAACACCAGAAAACAAAGACUUACAGUGUAAGAAUGAUUUAAAAUGUUUCUAUUUUAUCUAAAUCUUCAUAUCCUUGGAACAAAAACACGGCCAAGCUUGUUCACUACUCCUGUUAUUAUUUUGUUAGAAGUUUAGUUACUCAUGAACCAUAAUUUGUGCUUGAAAAUCAGCACCAGCUAAGAAGGGGAUAUAUAGUGAGGGGGGCAUUGUAUGGAAGUUAAGAGAACAAAGGGUUUAACUCGGCAAUUUUUUACUCUACCA